CAUAUGUUCAAUGUUAUUAACUUCAUAACAUAUUUAUAUUUUCUUAUAUGCAUUAGCCGACUUCGAAGACAUACGUUGACACCUUUGUUUCAAGCAUGAACUCCAGCUUAAGUGCGUUUCUGAAUGGACCAAAAAAUCUUGUACAUGCUUCUAAGCCUGGCAAGGCCAAUGCAGUAGAGAAAUUAGGCGCGGAACCAACCAAGAUGUGCUCCUCUACUCUCAAGCCUGGCAAAAAGUUGAAGGUAGAUAUUCCUUCGUGCUUCAUUCCUCCCACUAAGAAACAGAAGAUGGAAAUAGUGAAGAAACUAGCAUUCGACCCUGAUGAGGAGGAUCUUUCAAAAGAGGUCUUGAAUAUGCUUUCGGCUUACAUUGCCUCCACCGUUGACACGAUGAAUAAAUAUGAUGGCACUAGAGAAGAUGAAAGGUUGGUGAGCAAGAGUGAUAGGGAGGUCUUGAAUUCAUCUGUGUCCAAUUUGAUGAAGGCGUCCGUCUUUAUUGCAGAUUACACUCAUCGAAUGGUUGAUUUGAACGAAGCCAACCAAAAGACCAAGGAAGAGUUGAAUGAUGCUCGAAAAGAGAUAGUUGACCUUCACAAAGAAAAUGAAAAGAUAAGGCAGGAGCUAGAUGAUGCUCAAACUGAGAUAGUUGUCCUUCGCAGGGAGAAGAAGAAGAUCAGAGAAGCAUUUGACGAUGCCCGAAAAGAGAUAGUUGCCCUUUGUACGGAGAAGGAAAAGAGUUGGGAAGAACUGGGUGGUGUUCAAACAGAAUUAGCUAUCAUUAGCGCGGAAAAGGAGAAAAUAAGAGAAGAGAUGGAUGAUGCUCAAAUUGAGAUAGCUUCUCUUUGCAAGAAUUAUGCGAAUACCUCAAGGAGUGCUAACCAAGCUUGGCAGGAGAAUGCAAAAUUGAAGGAUGAGCUGAAGAAACUAAACGGCUUAAGCGUCGAGGUGGAGAAGCUCAAGGCUGAGGUAGCUGCGAAGGAAACUCAGUCAGCUAUGGCAAUUAAAGCUUUCAAGAACUCGGAGGAGUUUGAGGUUCUGAGAGAAAAUUUGUUCCAGGCAGGGGCUCAUGCUCUAUAUGAUGCUAUUGAGCUAGAACACCCUGAUUGGGAUCUUAGUUGCUUUGUUGAAACUGACAAUGAAGAUGAAGAUGAAGAUGAAGACGAAGACUAGUAGAAGUAAUUAAAUCUGAUGGUUUUUCUUGUAGUGAUGAGAUUGGGUUAGAUGGUUUAAUAAGUUUUGUAUGGGAUAACUUUAGAGGUAGAAAAUAGUUGGCUUUUUGUUGGAAGUUAGUAGUAUGGAAGAUUUUGAUAGAAAGUAAGUUAGUAGACAAAGUGGGUAGGAAAAAGGAGCUUUAUUAGAAUGACAAUGACUUUUACUUAAAUGGCUUUUUUUGCUUACAUACAAAUGAGAGACUCAUACCCUAUUUA